AGGUCAACCCAAACCGGAAGUUGUUGGCUGGGUCUACCGGUGUAGCUAGCAGCUAACCUCCUGCUUGCGAAAGCCCCUCUUCGGGCUUUUUUUGUCCGGUUGUCAUCGUCGAAGAGGAGCAUGGAACUAUUUUAUAAGCAGUAAAUAUGACGCUGGAGUCUUUAGAGGAAUGUAAUAAACCGAAAUAGCACCAGAGGAGGAGUAUAAACCUGCGUAAAGACACCCGGAAGUGUUGUAAAAGCCACCAGCCGACUCAAUCACCAUGAGUGCCAAAUAUGGCCUGGUGGGGUACGACAGUUCACGGAAGAACAUUUCCAUAUCCAUCCCAUCAUCCACAGAGGUGAUGUCCCCUCAUAUAAAGUCCCUGGAGGAAUUGCGGGUUCUAGGAAUCAACCUCAGCAGCUUCGGAACCCCCACGCAGUUCUUCAUUUGUGUGGCUGGGGUCUUAGCUUUUUAUCUUGUGUAUGGGUAUUUUCAGGAGCUGAUGUUUUCUGUGGAGGGUUUCAAACCCUUUGGUUGGUACCUCACUCUGGUCCAGUUUGGUCUCUACUCCAUAUUUGGACUUGUGGAGCUUCAGCUCACGCAAGACAAACGCAGAAGGAUACCAGGAAAGACAUAUAUGAUCAUCGCGUUUCUAACAGUGGCCACGAUGGGCCUAUCCAACACCUCUCUGGGCUACUUGAACUACCCGACGCAGGUUAUCUUCAAGUGCUGUAAACUCAUUCCUGUCAUGAUUGGAGGAGUAUUUAUACAAGGUAAACGCUAUAACGUUGCCGACGUGUCUGCUGCUGUCUGCAUGAGUCUCGGACUUAUCUGGUUCACGCUCGCUGACAGCCAAGUAGCACCCUACUUUAACUUUACCGGUGUUCUCCUCAUCUCCCUGGCACUGUGUGCGGAUGCCGCUAUCGGAAACGUACAGGAGAAAGCCAUGAAACUUCACAAUGGGUCCAAUUCUGAAAUGGUGCUGUACUCGUACUCCAUCGGCUUCGUGUACAUAUUGACAGGGCUGCUGUGUGUGGGCGGACUGGGACCAGCAGUGGCGUUCUGCUCAGAGCACCCUGUGACGACGUACGGUUAUGCAUUCUGCAUGUCCGUAACAGGUUAUUUCGGCAUCUCCUUUGUGCUGGCUUUGAUUAAGCUCUUUGGUGCCCUGGUUGCAGUCACAGUGACCACAGGGCGGAAGGCCAUGACUAUCUUUCUUUCCUUCGUGUUCUUUACCAAGCCCUUCACUUUUCAGUACAUCUGGGGCAGCCUUCUGGUGCUCUUUGGCAUCUUCUUGAAUGUUUACAGUAAAAACCGAGACAAAAUGAAGCUUCCCUCCAUCAAGGACUUCAGGAGAAUGCUGCUGACCGGGAAGAAAGGCCAGUUUUUCUCUCAGAGUAUCUGAGAGGGAAAUCCAUCACAUGACUGAACUAGGACAGCAGACCUCUAGUAUGUCUAGCUUGACUGCUGCCACCUAAACCGAAGGAUUAUGUUGCAAAAAGAAGGGCUGAAUGGCAAUGAAGCUAGUUUUUGGAACACUUAUCGAAACAUUCCCAACAUGGACGACGACAGUGAAGACUCCGGAAAGGGAAGCGAGCGCCUUAGCUAACCAAAAUCGCACCGUUUUGCACUGGAAAUUAAACUACAUUCUAUAAGGAUUCCUUAAAAGGCUAAUGAGCUGCCGCAAGGAAUCUGCACUUGGAUGGUUUCACCCAAUGUGGACAUUUUGGAGAACUGUUGCGCUCAGCUGCCACAAUCUACUCAAUCAUAUGUAUUUGGAUGAAGGUAAACAACAUUCUUUUUUUACAAUAAAACAAACUAAAUGUGUUUUAUUAUACAAAUAUAUGUAUUAUUUUAUAGGUCUAAUAUCAAACAC